UCUUUGCCACACUCUCUUCAUUGCAUCACUUGCUUACAGAGGCCUUAGCUAAAGACAGAAGAAGAAAAAAAAAAAAAUGGGAGACAUCACCAAUCACAUCUUUGCCAAUUCUUGCUUCCUCUUCUUUGGCCUUCUGCUUCUGCUAGCUUCAACAUUGUCAUUAGCCAAUGCAAAAGUUCACCACCAUGACUUUGUUGUUCAAGCAACAAAAGUAAAGAGGCUGUGUAAAACUCACAAUACUAUUACAGUAAAUGGGAUGUUUCCUGGACCAACCAUAGAAGUGAACAGUGGAGACACACUGGUUGUCAAAGUUACCAACAAAGCUAGAUACAAUGUUACCGUUCACUGGCAUGGCAUUAGACAGAUGAGAACAGGAUGGGCUGAUGGGCCAGAAUUUAUAACUCAGUGCCCAAUUAGACCAGGAGGGAGUUACACCUACAGGUUUACAAUUGAAGGACAAGAAGGAACACUGUGGUGGCAUGCUCAUAGCUCAUGGCUUAGAGCCACUGUUUAUGGUGCUCUAAUUAUUUACCCAAAAGAUGGAACCUCAUAUCCUUAUGCUAAGCCCAAAAGAGAAACACCCAUUCUUCUUGGAGAAUGGUGGGAUGCUAACCCUAUUGAUGUGGUGAGGGAGGCAACUCGAACAGGAGCUGCUCCAAAUAUAUCUGAUGCUUAUACCAUCAAUGGUCAACCUGGUGAUCUUUAUAACUGUUCUAGUAAAGAAACUGUCAUCGUUCCAAUUGGAUCCGGCGAGACACACCUCCUCCGAGUCAUCAACGCUGCGCUCAAUCAACCACUGUUCUUUACAAUUGCCAACCAUAAGUUCACAGUUGUAGGUGCUGAUGCCUUGUAUCUCAAACCCUUUAGCACUUCAGUCAUCAUGCUGGGACCAGGACAAACAACCGAUGUUCUGAUCUCCGGUGACCAGCCACCAGCAAGAUACUACAUCGCAGCACGUGCCUAUCAAAGUGCACAAAAUGCUCCAUUUGACAAUACCACAACUACUGCAAUUCUUGAAUAUAAGUCUGCCCCUUGCCCUGCUAAGUGCCUGACUAGCAAGCCAAUUAUGCCUCCAUUGCCUGCUUUCAAUGAUACACCUACAGUCACUGCCUUUAGCAAGAGCCUCAGAAGUCCCAGAAAAGUUGAUGUUCCCACUGAAAUUGAUGAAAAUCUCUUCUUUACAAUUGGGUUAGGACUCAAUAAAUGUCCUAAGAAUUUUCGGGCUAGGCGAUGCCAAGGACCGAAUGGUACUCGCUUCACUUCUAGCAUGAACAACGUAUCUUUUGUGCUUCCAUCCAACUUUUCCUUGCUCCAAGCUGCUAGGCAAAACAUUCCUGGAGUUUUCACCACUGAUUUUCCAGCUAAGCCUCCUGUUAAAUUCGAUUAUACUGGUAAUGUAAGCCAAUCACUUUGGCAACCUGUUCCAGGCACUAAAUUGUACAAAUUGAAGUAUGGAUCAAGGGUGCAGAUUGUGUUACAGGACACAAGUAUUGUCACACCUGAGAACCACCCAAUUCAUCUUCAUGGGUAUGAUUUCUAUGUCAUUGCUGAAGGGUUUGGAAACUUCAAUCCUAAAAAAGAUACAGCUAAAUUCAACCUUGUUGAUCCACCAAUGAGGAAUACAGUUGCAGUACCUUCAAAUGGAUGGGCAGUCAUUAGAUUCGUCGCAGACAAUCCAGGUGUAUGGAUAAUGCAUUGUCACUUGGAUGUUCAUAUCACAUGGGGACUGGCCAUGGCUUUCUUGGUAGAAGAUGGAAUUGGAGAGCUGCAGAAACUAGAACCUCCUCCAAAUGAUCUGCCUUUAUGCUAGAGAUUGACAAAUAGAAACAUAUGAAAACCCAUCAACAGUACUUAUAAGCCCAAACAUAGGGGCAGGCUUUUUCUUUUUUGUCAUUCAUAGUAUUCAUAUUUUCUGUGUUGGUUUUCCCUGCAUUUGGGGAUAUAGUUCUUGUUCCUUUAUUAUUAUUAUUAUUAUUAUCAUUUUUUUUUUCUUUUGGGGAUAGAUAGAGUUAAAAGGUGGGUUUAUUUAGAAGAGAUGGUGCUUUUUGCAAAAUAUAGCUGCCAUCUUAUUUGUUAAAGUACCCACAUAUUGUUUUCAUUGUUUCUAAUAAUACAAUAGUUCUUCUUA